UUUCUUCUCACUCACCCCUACUCUACUUACUACUCACUCGACCUACAAUUUUAAUUAAUUUCAUCUAUAAAUUCUGGUUUUAUGCAACAACAAAUUUUUAUCAUCACAUAAUUUUUGUAUUAGAAAAAAAAAUGAGAGAAUUUUGGACCUCAUUAGCUUCAUUAAUGGGGGUACUAGCUUUUUGCCAAAGUUUACUAACAACAAUUUUCCCACCUUCAUUUCGUUACACUUUUCUCAAAUUCUUCAACAGAAUUUCUAAUUACUUCUCUUGUUAUUGCUACUUCGAUAUAACUGAGAUAGACGGCGUUAACACGAACGAGCUGUAUAACGCCGUCCAGCUCUAUCUUAGCUCUACCGCGGCCGCAACAGCUGCGUCCGCGGGUAGGCUAAGCUUAACCCGGUCCCUAAACUCCUCGGCCGUAACGUUCGGGUUGGCACACAAUGACACCCUAUUUGAUACGUUCAAAGGGGUUGCAGUUCAGUGGGAGCACAUUGUUACACAACGACCUUCUCAGUCCUUCUCUUGGCGGCCCGUGCCCGAUGAGAAGCGCGGGUUCAGUCUUCGGGUCAAGAAAUCGGCCAAAGAUAUGGUGUUGGGCCCGUACUUGGAUCACAUCAUGGACCGGGCCGGGGAGAUUCGGAGGUUGAAUCAAGACCGGUAUUUGUACACCAAUUCCCGGGGCGGGUCCAUGGACUCGGCCCGGCCCGGUCACCCGUGGGAGGCGGUGCCAUUCAAGCAUCCCUCCACGUUCGACACGCUCGCGAUCGACCCAAGGAGGAAGGCCGAGAUCAUGGCCGAUCUCAAGGAGUUCGCGGGCGGAGAGUCCUUCUACCGGGCCACGGGCCGGGCCUGGAAGCGCGGGUACCUCUUAUACGGCCCGCCCGGAACGGGAAAGUCGAGCAUGAUUGCUGCAAUGGCGAAUUAUCUCAAUUACGACAUCUACGACCUCGAGAUUACGGAGGUGUCGUCCAACUCCGAGCUCAGGAAGCUGCUCAUGAAGACGACGUCGAAGUCGAUUAUCGUGAUCGAGGAUAUCGACUGCUCGAUCGACCUAUCGGACCGGCAGAAGGACAACAAGCACAGCAAGUACCGCCAGAGUGGCGGGCACGGGAAUUACCCGGGCCCGGAUGACGGCCCUGGUGGGCCCGGUAUGGUGACUCUAUCGGGCCUGCUGAACUUCACGGACGGGCUGUGGUCGUGCUGCGGUAGCGAGAGGAUAUUCGUGUUUACAACGAAUCAUGUGGAGAAGCUUGAUCCUGCAUUGCUGAGGUGUGGUAGGAUGGAUAUGCACAUUCACCUUAGCAACUGUUCUUUUGAAGCCUUGAAGAUUUUGCUAAGGAAUUAUGUGGGGUUAGAGGAGAAUGAUCUAGAUUCCGAGACGAUAGCCGAGUUCGAGGCGGUGGUGGGGAAGGCGGGGAUGACCCCGGCUGAUGUGAGCGAGGUGUUGAUUAGGCAUCGGAGAGAAAGGAUGAAGGCGGUUAAAGAGUUGCUUGUGGAGCUUAAGAGGAGGGCGGAGGGUGGUAAGAAUGAGUGUGUACGAGGCCGGGUUUCGAGUUUAGAGGAGCAAGAGGAGGAGGAGAAGAGGGAGCUUGAGAUGAUGCAUAGCAAUGCAAAUGGUGGUGAUCAAGAAAAGGAGGGCAAUGUUGUGGUGGAUGAGGAUGACCUUUUUUUCAAGGAGAAUGAUAAGAAGUUCAAUUAAGACAAUAUUAUGGUACUAUUAUUAUUACUAUUUACUAGUGUAACGUUUCUUGGUUCUUCUCAUUUUUCUUCAAUUUUAGGAUUUUAAAAAGAAAAUAUUAUGAAAGAAAAAAAAAAGAUUGAGGGAUAGGGUAAAGGGGACAAGAAAUUGGCAAUGGUAAUGAUGAAGUGAGUGAAUUUGAUGAUUUU